CAGUGGCAACAUCUAGUAUUUCGAUAUUUGCCCCGAUAGCUAUUUAUCCUUCGUAAGCAUCAUUGCGAUCCAUAUCCAAAGCACGAACCAUGCCCUUUGGGCCAAUAGCGCAUCUGACGCUCGGCCACCGCGCACUUGCCCGCUCUCUUUCUACGGUGGAAUACGUCUAACAGCGCUCAAUACUCUUCCAGGCUCAUACUUACGGAACCCACUCCAAGAAUCAUCGCCAUGCCCUACCUUGCCCACAUCUCCCUCCUCGUAAGCGAUUACGACGAAGCUAUUGCUUUCUACUCCCGCUUGGGGUUCGAAAUAGUGGAAGACACCCUCAUACUGGAGCAACAGAAGAGGUGGGUUACCAUCCGACCUCCGCCUCCCCAACCUUUGUCCAGCGGCACUUCAGCGGAACAACAGACCAAGUCUCCUGGUGAGAAGGUCAAGCAGGAACCGACGUCUCCGUCUGCAUUGGCUUCGUUGCAGUGUGCGACUAUUCUCCUUGCCCGUCCCAGCAACGCAGAGCAGGAAGCUUUUAUAGGAAACCAGACCGGAGGACGGGUGUUUUUGUUCCUUGCGACGGAUGAUUUUGAAAGGGACUUCAAGCGGUUUUCAGAAGUGGGCGUAGAGUGGGUUCGAGCACCGAAGAUGGAGGCAUACGGGAAGGUAGCGGUGUGGAAGGAUCUAUAUGGCAAUUUGUGGGAUUUAAUUCAGUACCAUUAACCCGGGAGCCGUGGUGUCGGCAAGGCCCAGGACUUAUGAGGACCACCUUGGCAGUAAGUUUAUGAACGAUAUGCUCAGUCCAUGUUGCAUUCCCCUGCAAGUUCGUCUGGGACAAUAUUUAGUAU